AUGGCAUUGGCGGUGGCGACUGCCCCUCCCUGGGCAUCAGAUCAAUCGCCACGUGCCUCAGCUGAUUUGCAUGGAUCACCCAAGGAGGGGAGCUGUGUACCUCUUGUGCGUGAGCAUGCGCACAAGAGAGAGCGCAUGCAUGCAAGACCGUGGGGUGACACUCACUUUUGCCACACUCAUCAUUGGCAUGCGUCCCCCAGGAGAUUAGCCGAGGGGAAAUGUGUCCCUCUGGCCAAAAGGUUAGCUACCCCCAGUCUAAAGAAUGGCAGGUUCCCCAGCCCUGAUCUAGAAAAACUGACUACUGCGAUAUUGUGCUCUAGGAAGUACUGGACCAAAUCUCGAGGCACCUCUGUGCAAACAAGAAACAAGUGUUACUGA